AUAUGAGAAAGAAGGUGUCAACUUUGUUGGAUUAUCAAGAAUGCAAAUAGCAACAUCUCCUUAAUUAUCUCAACACUUUAGAGGAGAAGGAUUAGGAGAAGUUAUUGGAAAAAUUGGAAUCCAUAAAUAUUAGAAAUCUACAAAAUGUAAACUAACAUUGCUAAUCUAGGUCUAUAGUCAUUAUAAAGAAAGGCCUAAAGAAAAUCGUGAACUAAAUCCUAUACAAAAUGUUCUGCGAGUUGCUUCUACUCCUAAAGAAACUCUUCAGCAGUAUUAAAAAUUGGGAGAAAAAUUAAUUUCAGAAGGAAAGGGUAUAUAUAAAUUUAAUAUUAAGUUUGUGUGGCAAUGAUGGCAGGAGGUUAAGGCACCAGAUUGGGUUUUAAUAAGGCAAAGGGUAUGUAUGAUAUUGGUUUGCCUUCUCAUAAAACUUUAUUUCAAAUUUUUUGUGAACGCAUUUUAAGUCUCUAGAAUAUGAUACAAAUUAGAAUUGGAUAGUGCUUACCUAUUUAGUUUUUUAUCAUGACUUCCGAUGUUAAUCAUGAAGAAACUACACAGUUUUUUAUUGAAAAUAAUUAUUUCAAUCUUCAAUCUGAUCAAAUUACUUUUUUUCAAUAGGAUUCUCUACCUAUUUUGUCAACAAAUGGAGACAUACUUUUAAAUGAUUGCACAUCAAUAUUGGAAGGACCUGAUGGUAAGAAUAUUCAUAUUAUUUUUGAAAAGGAAAUGGAGGAAUUUUUAGUAGUCUUUACAAUUAAGGUUAUUUGGAUUAUAUGAAAUGUUUGGGAAUCAAAUAUAUUCAUAUAUGCCCAGUAGAUAAUGUUCUUUGUAAAUUAUGUGAUCCAAUUUGGAUUGGAUAUGUAGAAGCAAAUAAUUUAACUAUUUGUAGUAAAUUUGUUAAGAAGACACAAGCAGAGGAAAAGGUAGGAAUUCAUGCAUUAAUUAAUGAUAAACCUUGUGUAAUAGGUAAAUAUUUAAAUUUAGAUUAGAGUAUAGUGAAAUGACAUAGGAAGAUUUACAAAAAAGGAAUGAUAAAGGUGACUUACUUUAUGAUGCAGGAGGUAUAGCUUAAAUGAUCUGUACUGUUGAAUUUACACAUAAGAUAAUUGAAGAUCCAUAAACAAGUAGUAAAUUAGCUGCUAAGUAAUUGUAUUAUAGAAAUUAGUUACCAUGUUGCAUAAAAGAAAUAUGAUUAUUAUGAUUUAACCUAGAGAAAAGUUAUUAAAUCAGAUAUACAAAAUGCUUUGAAAUUUGAACUUUUUUUUUUUGAUUGUUUUCCUCUUUGUCCUAAAGAAUAAUUUGGUUUAAUUGAAGUAAAAAGGGAAGAGGAGUUUGCUCCUGUAAAAAAUGCUCCUGGAGACAAAAGUGAUACGCCAGAAACUGCCAAAAAAUUAUAUUUAGAUAGAGAUUAAAAAUGGAUUAUAAAUUGUGGCUUUUAAUUUCCUUAAUUAGUUGAAAUAUCAGCUAAGAUUACAUAUUUUGGGGAAGGCCUUGAAAAUAUAUUACCAAAAUACUUAGGUAAUAAAUAAAAUCCUUUAAUAAUAACAAAUGAUAGAUUAUCAGCAUAAAAAUAACCAUAAUUAGUUAAAUAGCCAUAAGUAAAAUAAUAGCCAUUACAAUAAUAAUAAUAAUACUAAUAGUAAUAAUAAUAAUAAUAAUAAUAAUAAUAAUAAUAAUAAUAAUAAUCUAAAUAACCAAUAAAAUAAUAAUUAAAAAUUGGAAUUUCAAAUUAAUAAUUCCAUCCAUAAGUUAUUUAUAAUUAAUUAAUUAAUUCAGUUAAUCUUUCUGUAUUACAACCUAAUUAUUACCCAUAUCAAUCAACUCCUCAAAACCCUAAGAAUAUUUUAAUUUAAGAUAACCAUGUUCAUUAAAGUCAAGCCUUUAACCCCAGAUUAUCUAUACAAAUUCAAACUGCAUCAUAAUAAUAACUAAAAUAAGUAAAAGCAACCGCAUUUCCUACUUAAGGAAUUUCUACUGUUACUAAUCCAAAAUAAAUAAAUCCUUAAACCAGAUAUCAACCAAUAAUGCAAUCUUAAAAUCUACUUAAUCCUAAAUAAAGCAUCAUCUAACCAGUAUAAAUUAAUUCAUCUUUGUCUCCUCAAAGAGUGACAUCAUAUUUCAAUUAAAGAGCUGUAACUGCACAGAGACCUAUUAUGUUUGCCUAAUAACGUCCUUUUACAUAAUAAGCAUAGCAAUAUGUACCAAUAACAACAAUAAAAAACUGAG